AUGUCGAGCCUCGAACCACUCGCAGCCUACGGGCUGACCUGCAAUGUGAUGCAGGUGAUCAGCUUUGCCAGUGAGACGGCGCCUGUGUGCAAGGUCAUCUUCGAGACAGGGACCCUGGACCCCAGUCUCGUCAAAAGGACUGCUGGUCUUUCCGAGGCUCUCACAAGCCUCGGCGACCUGCUGGAUUCUGCGCCGAAGCCCAUGAAUUCCGACGAUCAGAAAUUGCUGGAUGUCGCAGCCAAUGAGACAUCGCUGACGCAAUCGGAGAUUGCGGGCAUCGAGGAUGAUUCCCUUCGCAGGUUCGUCGAAGCCGUCUCACAACACAAGGACAAACACAGAUAG